AUGUCGGUGGCCUCAGACACCUCGGACCUCGUCUUUUCCUGGGAGGAAGACCGCAAGUUCAUCCUGCGGGGCUGGUCUCUGGUCUUCAGCGCGCUGGCCACCCUGAUGAGCCUCAGUGUGCUGGACGGGCGGAUGGCCUACCUCGAGGCCCCCUACACGGGCUACGUGGGCAUCCACAGCAACUGCAGGAAGCACCAGUGCUCCAACCUGGGCAGGGUCACUGUUCUCCUCCACAUGAGCACCGGCUUUAUGUUGCUGGCGAUGGCCACGAGUCUGGUCCUGCUCCCCACCAUGGGCCUCUCCUUCCACACCAUGUUCCGCCGCCUUAACAGAGUGGACGCCAUGUUCAGUUUCCUGAGUCUCAGCAUUGGUUUCCUGAUUACCCUCAGUCUCAUCCUCUUUGUGAUCACUUGUGAGACCCUGCGCCCAAAGCCGAAGGUGCACUACAUGGUGAUCAGCUACUUGUGCUGGGCAGGAGCAGCCCUGAUGCUGUGGUCGGGGGCCCUGAGCUACUUAAACCACCUGGGCUUGUGGAGCAAAGGGACUUUCACCAUGGACCGGCGCGUGAGCUACCGCCGAUGGGUCUCGCAGCAGAACAUGUCCAGGAAGAAAUCCAAGUCGCGGUCGCGCAUUCAAUCCAAGGACUCCGACGCGCACCCCCUCUAAAGCCUCCCCCCGAAAGCGCUUUCUUUUCAAAAAUAUUCUUUGUCCCGCAAAUCUCUCUAAGCAAUUGUGCCCCAGCUCUUCAGGGAACUGACCGGUAGGUGCGCCUGGAACGCAGCCAUCCCCACUCCCCAGGGUCACCAGGUCAACCCACUCACCCGGGGUUUACAGGUCAGUGACGCCCCCUAAGUCAGGCCUCGCCCCGCGAUCGCCUGCACACCUUGGGGUCCGUUCGCAGUCCCAGGCGGAGAUGGCGCGUUCUCAUAGGACGAAACCCUACUCCCCAGUGAGGUCGU